AUGGCGGCCAUGGCGAAUCUCGCUAAUACCAUGGAAGCUAAUGUUGCUACGACUCUGCAAGCUGUGCAGAGAUUGGUCCAACCGGCCGAGAAUGGAAAUGGCAAUGAGAAUGGCGAAAGGAACACCAAUGAUAAUGCUAAGGGUAACGGCGAUAACAUAGGAGGAGUUUCGAUGACCUUGGCGACGUUCCUCAAGGCUAUGGAGCGUGCUUUACAGGUGCAACAUGUUCCCCUCAAUCAAUAUGUCGAGUUUGCCACUUAUCAACUAGCGGGAGAGGCCCAGCUCUGGUGGCAAGCUGAGUGUCAUUUGCUACAGCUUCAGAACGCUGACAUUCCAUGGGAGGUGUUCCAAACGGCUUUCUAUAAGAAAUACUUCCCCGAGUCUGCAAGGGAAGCAAAGGAGAUGGAGCUAAUACAGCUGAAGCAAAGUUCCAUGUCUGUGGUGAUGAGUGGAAAUUAG